GCUUCCCGUUAAAAGCAUUGUGUGUUUGCUGCAAUGUCCUUGCUGCGGCUCUCCACAGCGGUGGGCUCCUUGGGAAGAUUGUUUUAUUUCCUUGCAGUGCGUUGGGGAGAGGCAGGGACAGCUCACGGCCAUGCGUUCCAGUCCAUCCUAAAACACAUUGCUCGGGAGAAAGGAAUCUGUUGUCUUCAUGUACGACGUUUUCCGGUAAACUGAAGGCGACAACUGCAUGCGCACUUACUCCUGUGUUUACGAUGAUAAAUGGACUUAUGAUUAUUCAAGUACUAGUGAUGGUGUUUCUUCCUUCGCCCAGCAUGGAAGAUGAUGAAGUCAAACUGACGACGGACUAUGAAUGUGUGUGUGAGGGCAUGUCGUGCGGGAAUGGCAUCCGUUGCAGAGGACAUCAGUGCUUUGCUUCCUUGAGCAUCAAUAACGGAGCUAAAGUCUCCCAGAAGGGUUGCUUCCGAGUGUACGAGCAAGGAAAGAUGACUUGCAAAACCCCGCCGUCUUCUGAUCAAGCCGUGGAAUGCUGCCAAGGAGACCUGUGUAACAUGAACAUUACGGCACAUCUGCUGACAAAAGGGCAUCCAAUCCAAGGGGAAGCUGCAAGUUACACUAUUGAAACGCUUACCAUUUUUGUACUGGCAUCGGUGAUGUUUCUGAUCAUUGUCUGCAUCGUCGCCGUCCUGAUUGUCCGAAAAGUGAAAAUGCACUACAUGGAAAGGCUGAACUCAAGGGAUGCAGAAUAUGGAACCAUUGAGGGACUCAUGGCCUCCAAUGUUGGUGACAGCACACUGGCAGACUUGUUGGAUCAAUCCUGUACAUCUGGCAGUGGAUCGGGUCUUCCUUUCCUGGUACAAAGAACAGUGGCUCGCCAGAUCACAUUGUUGGAGUGUGUAGGGAAAGGCCGAUAUGGAGAAGUCUGGCGAGGCCAGUGGCAAGGAGAAAAUGUCGCUGUUAAAAUCUUCUCUUCUCGAGAUGAAAAGUCCUGGUUCAGGGAAACAGAAUUAUAUAAUACUGUUCUGCUGAGGCAUGAAAACAUUUUAGGCUUCAUUGCCUCCGAUAUGACCUCUAGGAAUUCCAGCACUCAGUUGUGGUUAAUUACACAUUAUCACGAGAUGGGCUCUUUGUACGACUAUCUUCAACUCACUACAUUGGACACCGUGGGCUGUCUACGGAUAGUAUUGUCCAUCGCUAGUGGCCUUGCACAUUUGCACAUAGAGAUAUUUGGGACCCAAGGAAAGCCGGCCAUUGCUCAUCGAGACUUGAAGAGUAAAAACAUCCUAGUGAAGAAAAAUGGACAGUGUUGCAUAGCAGAUCUUGGCCUGGCAGUCAUGCACUCCCAAAGCACCAACCAGUUGGACGUGGGCAACAACCCUCGCGUGGGUACCAAGCGCUACAUGGCUCCGGAAGUCUUAGACGAAACCAUCCAAGUGGACUGCUUUGACUCUUACAAAAGGGUAGACAUUUGGGCCUAUGGACUUGUCCUUUGGGAAGUGGCCAGGCGCAUGGUUAGCAAUGGUAUUGUGGAAGAUUAUAAACCUCCAUUUUAUGACGUAGUUCCCAAUGACCCUAGUUUUGAAGACAUGAGGAAAGUAGUCUGUGUGGAUCAGCAAAGGCCAAACAUUCCCAACAGAUGGUUUUCAGACCCUACGUUAACUUCCCUUGCCAAGUUGAUGAAAGAAUGCUGGUAUCACAACCCAUCUGCAAGAUUAACAGCUCUGCGCAUCAAAAAGACCUUGACCAAAAUUGAUAAUUCCCUAGAUAAGCUGAAAGCUGACUGUUGAUAACACACACACACACACACACACCCAGUGCUUUAUCGACAUGUAAGGUUGUGUCUAGCACAGAACUACACCUUGAGGAAAUCUAGGAUGCAGUCCCAAGUGUCUUCAGGCCUAGGUGAAGUUGUUUACCUAAACCAGCCAUUGGAGUGGAAAUGAAAUCAUGGGAACCUUGACUGGUGGACUGCUCUCGGCAUUUUGACAGAUGGCCCAUCCAUAAACGCGGAACAUUGAAUCCGUGGUGGCCUAUGGAAGGAAGAGGAAGUCCUAAGAAAAAAAAAUUGGGGCAUUAAAACCAUGGCUUUUGACUGCUUUUUUAAAAAAAAUCAUGAAAAGAAAGAAAAAGUAAAGUAUGUCCUUGUUGCUCCCAAGUGAAAAUAACUUGGAAGCAGUCAGCUCAAAUCAGCAA